GUGGACAUUGUUCUACAGCAUUAGUCAGCAGUUAGACUAGUCCUCAUUUUACCGGGGAGCUCUGUAACUCUUUGACGGAGCAGUUGAUCCCUGGACACACAGCUCAUGCCAGAGCUGUCAGUUAAAUCCUCUCAGGUGUAGUUGCUGAGCGUAAGCUCCUCCCCAACCAGCUCUGACCGGACUGUCAGAAGAACAGGAAGACUGCCGUAGAGCUAAAAACGUAGCGCUUCCUUGCUGUCAUUUAGGGGUUAAGUUAAAAAGUUAACUAAAGUUGUAGCAGUUAUGGAAACUAAUUUGGGAGACACCGUCGGGCCAAGUCAUCCGUAACACCAGCUCGUCGCCCGUAUUGUAGUCGCCGAAACCACUUGUGGAAGUAGGAAGAGCGGAGUUUUUUUUCCCACGGAGACUACCUACUGUAGCAAGACAAGCUAGCCUUGCUAAAGCUAACGUUAGCACAGUUAGUACCGCAUACUUUCGGGACUUAAAAUUAACAUUGUUAAAGCGUUGCUUGGUGUUACACGUGGAUACUGGUGGGAGAAAGUUCUUAUUUGUAUUUUAUAAACUCAACAGGGUGUUUACGGACUUUUCAUCCCGAGGACUUGGUGUUGUGCUUUGAAUUUCCCUCCUUCUGUGAAAGAGACAGGCGAUUUAGAAAGGGGUUCGUUUGGUGUAAUUUAGUUGGCUUUCUACCAAAUCAUUAGCAACAUUGUGCUAAUUGUGGGUAGUUAGCCAGGAGACUAGGCUAGGCCCAAGGGAAUCAACAGUUGCAUUUUUAGAAGUUGAGAAACAUCGUCGGAGGAAUCAUUUAUUUUUUUCCUUUUUUCUGUUUAAGUGCAGUGAGAUUACUGCCGCACGGGUUUAUUUUGACUCCCCAAUUCAAGGUAACGGAUUAAUUUAUAAAUAUGGAUCCCCAAUCGGGCAAUUCUGCCUCAGCUGCAGCUGGUCCCAAGAAGGACAAGAAAUCAAAGAAGAACUAUGAGGAUGGAGAUGGGAAGAAGAAAUUUACACUCAAACGGCUGAUUCCUGAUGAGUUGGAGCGCUUUACCAGCAUGAGGAUGAAAAAGGACAAGGAGAAGCCUGGCCAUGUGCCAAGUCAGCGACACUCUUCAGCUGCAAGCUAUGAGAUGAAUGCUCAGACUGCUAUGCUGCACGAUCAUUCUGAUGAAUACGUCCUGGAACUCUUUGAACAGAUGCUGGUGGAUAUGAACCUGAAUGGGGAGAAGCAGCAGCCUCUAAGGGAAAAAGACAUUAUGAUCAAACGAGAGAUGGUCUCCCAGUACCUCCACACAUCUAAAGCUGGCCAAGACCAGAAGGAGGGCUCCAAAUCAGCAAUGAUGUACAUCCAGGAGUUGAAGUCAGACUACCGAGACGCACAGCUGCUGAGCUGUCUGGAAUCUCUGCGAGUCUCACUCAAUAACAACCCUGUCAGUUGGGUGCAGAACUUUGGAAAUGAAGGGCUGGCCCUGCUGCUGCAUCUGCUUAGAAGACUACAGGAGGACAAAGACGAGUACCCAAUGAUGGGAGUGAAAUGUCAACACGAGAUCAUUCGUUGUCUAAAAGCCUUUAUGAACAACAAGUAUGGUCUAAAAUCCAUGCUGGAGUCAGAUGACGGGAUUCCUCUGCUGGUCAAAGCCAUCAACCCCAGCGUGCCUCAUAUGAUGGUGGAUGCAGUCAAGCUGCUCUCUGCCAUCUCGAUUUUGGAACAUCCUGAGAACCUGCACGAGCGUGUUUUGGAGGCCAUUACAGAGGAGGCUGAGAGACGGGAUAUUGAGAGGUUUCAGCCUCUCCUGACUGGCAUGAACAUUCCCAACAUUGCUCUUAAGGGUGGCUGCAUGCAGCUAAUAAACGCCUUGAUCAGCCGGGGGGAAGAGUUGGACUUCAGGAUCCAUAUUCGCUCUGAACUGCUAAGAUUGGGACUCAGAGAACAGCUGACGGAGGUGCGUACGAUAGAAAACGAAGAGCUGAGGGUGCAGCUCACUGUGUUUGAUGAGCAGGCUGAAGAUGACUCUGAGGACCUCAAAGCACGUCUCGAUGACAUCCGCAUUGAGAUGGAUGAUGUGAGGGAAGUGUUUGAGAUCCUAUUCAACACUGUGAAGGACUCUAAGGCUGAAGGCUACUUCCUGUCCCUGAUGCAGCACCUGCUGCUGAUCCGUAAUGAUUAUUGGGCCAGGCCUCAGUAUUACAAGUUGAUGGACGAGUGUAUCGCUCAGAUUGUGCUUCACAGGAAUGGAGCGGACCCUGACUUCAAGUGCCGUAACCUCAGUCUCAACAUUGAUGGCUUGAUAGACAACAUGGUGGACCAGACCAAGGUGGAAGCCAGCAAUGCCAAGGCAAAUGAACUGGAGAAGAAGCUGGAUGCAGAGCUGACGGCACGCCACGAGUUGCAGGUGGAGCUGAAGAAACUGGAGGGUGACUAUGAGCAGAAGCUGCAGGACUUGAGCCAAGAAAAGGAACAGCUGGCCACUUCUAAGCUGGACCGAGAAAAGGAGAACCAGGGACUACAACAACAGCUAAGCGCUCUGAAACAGCAGAUUGAAAAGCUGUCUAAAGAUCUGGAAGAGGCCAAGACUAAAGUUGUCACAGUUACUGUUCCUGUGCCAACACCUGGUUUGCCCCCUCCACCACCUGCCCCUCCUCUCCCUGGCCAGAAUGCAGGUAUGGUCCCCCCUCCUCCACCUCCGCCCCCACCACUACCAGGCCAUGCAGGUAUGCCCAUUCCCCCACCACCUCCUUUACCGGGUAAUGCCUGUAUUCCGCCUCCUCCUCCCCCACCUCCUUUACCAGGCAUGCCAGGACCGCCACCACCCCCGCCCCUCCCUGGCAUGCCAGGACCGCCACCCCCUCCACCCUUACCUGGGAUGGGACCACCACCCCCGCCACCGCCACCUGGGGGUCCUGGUUUCCCUCCUCCACCACCAGGCCCAGGCAUGCCUCCACCUCCACCAUUUGGCAUGGGGGGCUGGGGUCCCCCUGCCCCACCUUCUCUGCCAUUUGGGCUCCAGCCUAAGAAGGAGUUCAAGCCUGAGGUCCAGCUGAAGAGAGCCAACUGGAGCAAGAUUGGGCCUGAGGACCUCUCUGAGAACAGUUUCUGGACCAAGGCAAAAGAGGACAAAUAUGAGAACAAUGAGCUCUUUGCCAAACUCACCCUGGCCUUCUCCUCGCAGACAAAGACCACUAAAGCCAAAAUGGAGCAGGAUGGCGGAGACGAAAAGAAACAGACGCAGAAGAAGAAGGUGAAGGAGCUGAAGAUUCUCGACUCUAAGUCUUCACAGAACCUUUCCAUUUUUCUGGGAUCGUUCCGUAUCCCAUAUGAAGAGAUCAAGAACGCUAUCCUGGAGGUUAAUGAGAAGAUCCUCACAGAGUCCUUGGCUCAGAACCUGAUCAAACAACUGCCAGCGCCGGAGCAGCUGAGUGUCCUGGGAGAGAUGAAGGAUGAAUAUGAUGACUUGGCUGAGUCCGAACAGUUCGGAGUAGUGAUGUCCAGUGUAAAGCGGCUGACGCCACGGCUUCAGGCCAUCCUGUUCAAGCUGCAGUUUGAGGAGCACCUAAACAACAUCAAGCCAGACGUGGUGUCUGUGACGGCAGCCUGUGAGGAACUCAGGAAAAGCGAGACAUUCUCAAAGCUGCUUGAGAUCAUCCUCCUUGUUGGGAACUACAUGAAUGCUGGCUCCCGUAAUGGAAAAGCAUAUGGCUUCUCCAUAUCAUACCUCUGCAAGCUGCGUGACACCAAAUCAGCUGAUCUGAAGCAGACCCUGCUCCAUUUCCUCGCUGAUGUGUGCCAAGAGCAGUCCGAAGUCAUGAGCUUUCCAGACGAGCUCAUCCAUGUGGAAAAGGCCAGCAGAGUGUCUGCAGAGACAGUUCAGAAGAACCUUGAGCAGAUGGGCCGUCAGAUCAAGAACCUGGAAAAAGAUCGAAACCUUCCCCCCUCCCAAAGUGACAAGGACCUUUUUGUGGAGAAGAUGUCCAGUUUUGUGAGUCUCGCCCAAGAGCAGUAUGAGAAGCUGGAUCUGCUGCAUAAGAAUAUGGAGAAGCAAUAUAACGACCUGGGAGACUACUUUGUCUUUGACCCGAGAAAGAUCUCCAUAGAGGAAUUCUUUGGCGACAUUAACACCUUUAAAAACAUGUUCCAGCAAGCAGUGAAGGAGAAUCAGAAGAGGAAAGAGGCUGAAGAGAAGAUCAAGAAGGCCAAACUGGCCAGGGAAAAGGCGGAGAAGGAGAAGGAGGAGAAACUCAAGAACCAGCUGCUUGACAUCAACGCAGAGGGUGAUGAAACGGGUAUCAUGGAUGGCCUUUUGGAGGCGCUGCAGUCUGGCGCUGCUUUCAGGAGAAAGAGAGGGCCACGCCAAGCAGGUACUCAUUCACAAGCAGACCAGUAAAUGUUCACAAAACAUGCAGAUGUU